AUGGCUCAAAAAAGAAGAAUUGAAGAAAAUAAACAAAUUGAUUUUAUUGGUUCAUUAUUACCUAUAUCACAAGUAAUUAGUAAAGAACAUAUGGAUAAAACAUCUAUUGUUAGAUUAGCUUUAUCGUAUAUUAAAUUACAAAAAUAUAUGAUAGCUAGAUUUCCUUUACAUAAUAAAUGUUAUCAACAUCAUACUAAUUUUUAUGAAAAUAAUAAUUUAAUUGAGUUAAUUGAUAGUUUUAUACUUUUUGUUACAUCACAAAAUCAAAUUCUUUAUGUUACAGAAACAAUUAGUAUUUUUAUGGGUCUUUCACAAAUUGAUUUAAUUGGUAAUAAUAUACUUUCAUAUAUACAUCCAAAUGACCAUAAUAAUUUUAAUAAUGUUAAAGAAUAUAUAUUUAAUGUUAUGUAUAAUUAUAAUACAAUAACAACAGUAUCCGUUCCUGUACGUAUGAAAUCAACUCUUAGUAGAAGAUCAAAUAAAGAUGUUUUUAAUGAUACUGUAGGAUAUAAAACUGUUAUUAUUGAUAUAACAUGUGGUUCAUUAAUGAUGAAUAAUCAAUUAAUUUCAUAUUAUUUAUUAAAUAUAACACCAAUAACAACAGCAAUAGGAUUAUCAAUUAAAUUAAAAACUAAUACUUUAGUAUUAACUUUAACAACAGACUUUAAUAUAUGGUACUUUGAGAAUGAUAAUGAGAUGUCAGAAUAUCAUAUAGAAUUUCAAAAUUCAAGAAAUGUGUCAUUAUAUAAAUUUAUACAUCCUGAUGACUCAAUUAUCGUUUCUGACAUGCAUCGUCAAGUAUUAAGUAUGGGAACAGGAAAAAGUAAUUAUUUUAGACUUAUAAAUCAUCAAAAUAUAGAAGAAAUUUAUGUAGAAGCAGAAGCAUUAUUAUUUACACCACAUGGAAGUAAAGAUAAAACAAAAUAUAUAUCUGUUGUUUUUACUUUUAUUACUUAA